GAGUCGCAAGCGCUGGGCCGCUCGUCUCGAGACGGGUCGUCGAAUGAAAGGUCAUGAACUCCAGAUGGCGUAUGAACGCGCCGGACCAUAUAUCGCGCAGCGCGUGAGAGAACUCAUCAAAUUGCACGGCUGGACAUUACAAUCACGCAGUCAGUGGUACCUAUUCGAAUUGAUACAUGAAUCCGAUGCGAAUAGAUCCUCCUCGUCCUCUAUCUCUUUUCAAUCUUCCAUCCGUUCCCACAAACGAAACACCCCCCACUUCCGUCUCCCGCUCCUUGUGGCCGAUUUUCUCCGACCCAGCCGCUUCGAGUCGUGGGAGGGUAUCCUUGCUGACAAGCGUCUUGUCAAAUGUAAACGACCCAAUGCCUGGAGUCAUGACCUCUACAUCAAUUCCCCCGAGCCUCUCGUGGACAUAUUCUAUCUCCUCCAAGUCCUUAUUCCAGGAAUGAUACAGAUCAAGCGGAUCGAUUGGAUUGAGGGUGUAGGCGACCAACAUAUCACGAGAGUUCUCCCAAGGGAGUCAUGGAUCCAGAAGAAUGCUGAGGAUCUAGAACAUAUUCUCGGGGACUCCGCGCGAGUACGCAAUAUCAUGGAGUGUGCAAGCGAGACGACUUCUGUAGAGAUAACUUGGGAUAGGUCAGAGUACCGAGACUGUUACAAACUGUAAUAGCGACCAGUCGCAGGCUUGUUCGUCCAACCACCAUCGGCUGGGCCUAUGUAUUAAGGCACACUUAUUCCCCACCUGCGAAACGAGAUGAUCAUUUCCGAAUUGGAGGAAUGCGCAGAGCUGAAGCAAAUCAACAACUUCUCAGGCGAUUUCCUGUCGCUGGCGAGGUUACUCCUGUGUCUCAACAGCUCAACAUCGACUGGCUCUUGUUGGUAAAGACCCAAAAGCAGCAG